CAUGGGUUUCGUGCGUCUCGUUUAAGACGUAUUAAUUUUGCGCGUCGCUGUCUGAUUACGUCAUUGUCUUGUGGAAGCGGUAGUGGUGACUCUGUGCAUGCGGUGUUAUUUGAGCUACAGUAAAAAAGUUUAGCUUUGCUGGACACCUGGGCAGUUUUCACGUUUAUUCCACGCCAUGUCAUCUCUUCUGAAGGUCGAUCGCGAGAUGAAAACCAAGGUGGAAGCAUUCAGGGAGCAGAUCAGCAGUGAGGCUGAGCACCUGGUCGCCAGCUUUUUCCCUCGAAAGCUUCUGGAGUUGGAUAACUUUCUAAAGGAGCCUAUUCUCAACGUGAUUGACCUGAAAGAAAUCCAUUCAGAGAUCAAGUUCAAAGUCCCAGACCCGAUUCUUUUCAAUAACAGCCAUGAUGGUGUGGACAUGAAUACCAAAAAGAGGAAACUAGAAGAUGGAGUCACUGUUGAGAGCUGGCAAGGGGGAACCAAAACCCUGGUGAUGCCAGAGGGGAUGCUGAAAUGUAACACCAAGCUGGUAGACCUGAUUGAGCGAGUCAAACCAGAGAUCAGGACUCUGAUUGAGAAGUGUAACACAGUUAAGAUGUGGGUCCAGCUGCUCAUCCCUAGAAUAGAAGAUGGAAACAACUUUGGAGUCUCCAUACAGGAAGAGACUGUGGCAGAGCUGAGGACGGUGGAGUCAGAGGCCGCAUCUUACCUGGACCAGAUCUCCAGAUACUACAUGACAAGAGCCAAGCUUGUCUCCAAAAUUGUCAAGUACCCUCACGUGGAGGACUACAGGAGGACCAUAUCAGAGAUUGAUGAGAAGGAGUACAUCAGUUUGAAAAUCAUUGUUUCAGAGCUGAGGAAUCAAUACGUGAUUCUUCAUGAUAUGAUCCUGAAAAACAUUGAGAAGAUCAAGAAACCAAGAAACUGCAACUCUGAAGCUCUUUACUGACCUCCCCUCAACACACACACACACACACACACACACAAAACAUGAGCUCAGUCAGGCAGUACUGACCAACCAAUAAUUAUAGCUUUUGUUUUGGGAGUACCUGACGAUUUUUGCUUUGACAACCUCAGGACAAUUAUGCCGUAUCAAAUAAGAUGCUGCCUUUGGACUGAUAGUGUGCGGAUAUUCAGUCUUAAAAAGUGCUGCUCUCUAUUCUAUAUUUAAAACCCCAGCUGUUUGGGUCCAUAGUGAGCUAGAGGAAGCUUUAAAAAUGCAUUUAAAAAGAUAUUGACCCAACAUCACACACAUACAUUACAGCUGUUGUGGGAUCCUCCUCCAUCUUUGAUUUAGGCCCUAUUCUGCAGUCACCGCCAUGCUUUCUAGCACGUAAACCUUCAGUUUUGGCCAUCCAGUACUGAUUGGAAUGUGACCUUGGAUUCUUUUUUCCUCCUGAGUAUCUCGACUGCACGCUGUUAAUACAAAGACCGCCCACAUGGUCUGCCUCCCUCCUGUUCCGCUGGGACUAAAGCUCGGAGGUUACGGCUGGUUUCUCUUCCUGUCUGGGAUAUCUGGAGUUCUGCUCUUGUGGAUGCGGUGUCUCUCCCAGGAAUGUUAUCAUCUGUUUUUUAUUGUUUGUUUGUUUUUUUGCUUCAUGUUGCCUGACCCACCUAGAGAAGGUUUUCCUUUAGUUUUUGCCCUGUCUCUGGAACAUUCUGGGCACACCACUGUCCUGAGAAAAAUAUGGAAUUUAAAACUCAAACUCCACACAGUCCUCCCCCCGGUUGGCCUCAAACUGUCAAGGGACCCUCGUUUAAUACAAUGCAGACCCCUUUCCUCAGUGCUUCAGAAAACAGCUGCAGUUCUUCAGCUUUAGUGUUGCAAUUAUCCUGACAUCCAGAGAUUUGACUGCACAUAACUCCGUUUCUCAUGGAGGAUUCUCACUCUUCACAUGAAGAAUAUUCUUUAUUUCUCCCUCUGCCUACAAACUGCUUUUUUCUGUCUUAAGUUGUUCUUGUUGUAUCUUUGUGUCAUAGUGACACUAGAAGAUAAAAAAAAAUCAGUUUGCCUGCCUUCCUGUUACAGGGAGGCAUAGUGCAGAACAUGUGGUGCUGUUAACACAUCUGUUAACUCUGUAGCACGCUGCUGUCUGUCAGUAAGGACCGGUCAGAAAGGGUUGGAUUCAAAAGUCAAAAAAGAAAACUACCUGGAUGUGUGUUCUUCUACACAACAUAAUGCACAUUCAGUAAUGUGACUCCAUGUAUCUGUCUCUUGCGAUCAAGCAGGCUUAAACUGGAUCUCGAAACGAUUUGUCAAAUGCAAUUAGUGUCCGUGGUUUCAUACAGCUGUUAUUAUUGUUUUUAACAGCCCUGCACAGACAUGGUGCACCCACACAGGUGUUUGCACUUAAAUGCAAUCUGAAAUCUUCAAUUUUCAGAUUUCUUGUGCUGUUAUAAUGUUGUUUUGUAUUUUGUUCACCUCACGAUAUGAAAUUGAAGCCUGGUGCUGUAAAACAAAACUUUUGCAACUUGACAGCACUAUGGAAGUGCAUCCAAAAUGUGUUUUUUAUUUUAGGUUUUUAAGCUAACAAAGUAAUAAAGGAACAUACCUCUCUGUAUGCAUGCAUGCAGGUAAGGACUGUUACUUCGUACAAAAAUCUAGUUUGAACAAAUUCAAACUAACUCAUAAUACCUUUUGAAUAAAUUGGAAUCCAACCCAUGUAGCCUUUUUUUAAAUAAACCAUGGCUGCAGUCACACCAGAUCUCACUCUCCGUUUGUUUCUAUGAGGAGGGCGAGGUAAAAAGGUCACUGUUACAAUUUGUUGUGCAUAUUCAAAAACCUGAUGAUAUUCAAGUCUUUCACAAUGUUUCAAAGUAGGUGUGUUUCUUCUUCCAAUCUGUCCGUUCACACCGGGGAUGAUUCGGCAGUGUCAUCCCGCUCACUGCAGCGAUAGUUUCGGCGUCUCCUCUAUUUCUUGUGCGAGACGCGAGCGUAUGUGUCAAGCCAGGCAGGUAAUCACAUACAGGAAGAUCACAAUGUAGCCGCAUUCUUUACAAAAAUAAAACGCAUAGGUUAGGCUAGGUUCAUGGUAGUUUUGGCUGUCUUGACUUCUCACAGCGAGACACGCAAUCAGGCACACGGAGAGAGAGACCGACGGAUGGACGGACAGAGAGAGUCACACACACUCACAUAUAGGCUACAAUUACCACAGUUUUCCCCACUCAUCCUGUCUUUCUAUCAGAGAGAGAGGAUUGCUUUGUGACCGGCGCGUGUCAUCCGGUGUGAAUGGCAAGGCGCACAAUCACACGCACGCCAGUGUGUUCCAGCUGUUAGUGUGCAUGUAAAUGUACUCACUGUCUAGGGAAAAACAAAGAAAACUAGAACUUUCUAUAUACGUAUAAAUCCACUUGAUUUGUGUAAAGCAGGCUGCUAAAGCCUAUAUUCUAUUUCGUGUUGGAUUUUGUCCCCUUCAUUACAUUGGAAUCACAUCAGGAUUUCAAGGAAGGGCUCUUAAAGCCGGUAUGGACAGGAGGAACAAUUAAUGGGCAUGUGAUUACUGUAUUAAAAAUGUGAACAUAUAUCCUUUCAUUUUCUGUUGCGUUCAAACUCUAUUUUGAAUUUCAAAUAAAAAAUGACAGCCAUAAUA